AUGCAAAAUAAGCCUUCUGGUAAUAAGGAUCUUCAUCCGGUUAGCAGAGAUAAGGAGAUAAGUGAAGAAAUGAAUGCAAAAGAACCAUCGAGUAUACGCGAGGAGACGUCUGAUGGAACACUCCUCCCCACUAACAGUUCUGGUGCAGAAACACAGCUGCCCGCAACUUCUACUACAGGGACACACUCACCUCAAGGUGUUGACUCCAAUCAAAACACUCCACACGAUGAGUCUGAAAGUUCCACAAAAGGUAAUGAAGACAGUUCGAGUAAUCGGCCUGUUGAACCUCCUGCCCCUGCUGCUGCACCUCCUACUGCUCCCAAGGGUAGUGUUGAUCCAACAGGUAAAAAUAAUGCUGAGCGACGAGUCAUCGGUGCCCCCGGUGAGCAAGUAUCUCCGAAUACUGUAGAUAAAGGAGAUUCUAAUGAUGGUGCUGGUAGUGUUAAACUUCCUUCAAGUGAACCUGAAAAUGGAAGCGGUGAACAAAGAACAACAGGUGAAAGUGCAGGGAAAGCGGAAGGUGCAGAAGCAGAACCUACUCCUUCUCCAACCAAUUCAACCCAAGAAAGUGUUGGUGAUAAUAAUGCAAACGCUGUGAAUGGCACUAAACCUGCAGAAGGUGGGUCACCAAGUAAUCAAGAAAGUGUGGGAAAUACAGAAACCACCACCACC